AUGCUCCACAACUCCACCUUCUGCCUGGUUCCUCGCGGCCGUCGACUGGGAUCCUUCCGCUUCCUGGAGGCGCUGCAGGCGGCGUGUGUCCCGGUGAUGCUGAGUAACGGUUGGGAGCUGCCCUUCUCUGAGAUCAUCGACUGGAAAACUGCAGCAGUGAUCGGGGACGAGAGGCUCCUGCUGCAGAUCCCGACCACGGUGCGCUCCAUCCACCAGGACAAGAUCCUGUCCCUGAGGCAGCAGACGCAGUUCCUGUGGGAGGCCUACUUCUCGUCUGUGGAGAAGAUCGUGCUGACCACUCUGGAGAUGAUCCAGGGCCGGGUGCUGGAGCAGGGGUCCCGGAGCGCCCUCAUGUGGAACAGUCACCCCGGGGGCCUCUACGCUCUGCCGCAGUACUCCUCCUACCUGGGGGACUUCCCCUUCUACUACGCCACGUUAGGAAUUCGACCACACCCAAAGUUCACCGCAGUGAUCCACGCCGUGUCUCCGCUGGUGUCUCAGUCUCAGCCCAUCCUCAAACUGCUGCUGUCGGUGGCCAAGUCCCAGUACUGCGCUCAGAUUAUCGUGUUGUGGAACUGUGACAAGCCUCUUCCCGCCAAGCACCGCUGGCCCGCCACAUCUGUCCCGGUCGUCGUCAUCGAGGGCGAGAACAAGGUGAUGAGCAGCCGGUUCCUGCCCUACGAGACCAUCGGGACCGACGCAGUGUUGAGUUUGGACGAAGACACCGUUCUCUCCACCACCGAGGUGGACUUUGCCUUCACCGUGUGGCAGAGUUUCCCAGAGCGCCUGGUGGGGUACCCGGCCCGGAGCCACUUCUGGGACAGUAACAAAGAGCGUUGGGGCUACACGUCCAAAUGGACCAACGACUACUCCAUGGUGCUCACCGGCGCCGCCAUCUACCACAGGUAUUACCACUUCCUGUACACACAUUUCUUGCCGCUGAGUUUGAAGACGAUGGUGGACCAGCUCGCCAACUGCGAGGACAUACUCAUGAACUUCCUGGUCUCCGCGGUAACCAAGCUGCCGCCAAUCAAAGUCACGCAGAAGAAGCAGUACAAGGAGACCAUGAUGGGACAGUCUUCGCGGGCGUCUCGCUGGGCCGACCCGGACCACUUUGCGCAGAGACAGAGCUGCAUGAAUAAGUUCUCCAGCUGGUUUGGCGCCAUGCCGCUGGUCCACUCCCAGAUGAGACUGGACCCGGUUCUGUUCAAGGACCAGGUCUCCAUCCUCCGCAAGAAAUACAGAGACAUCGAGCGCCUCUGA